GGGCUUUUCUGGGGCGGCAACGUUUGGGUGCCCUGCAGCGCACGGGAGACAAAAGCAAGGAUGGGACGCUGGCGGGUCCUCGUCUCGCAUUGUGCUCGUUGGCGGGUUAUGCAGGUCCUGCUGCUCUUGGGGUUGACCUCACUGUUAACUGGCAGAGUAAAAGCUGGUGGAAAAUCUUACACGGGACCAUGUGGAGGAAGAGACUGUAGUGGGGGGUGUCAGUGUUUCCCUGAAAAAGGAGGUCGUGGUCAACCAGGACUACUUGGACUUCAGGGAUACUCUGGACCCCCAGGAUUAAUGGGUAUCCCAGGCUUACAAGGUCACAAAGGUCACAAAGGUGAAAGAGGGCAACCUGGAGUAACUGGACCAAAAGGAGAAGUGGGGCUCAGAGGAGUAACUGGUUUUGCAGGUGCAGAUGGCGUUCCUGGUCAUCCUGGGCAGCCAGGAUCAAGGGGAAAACCAGGUCACGAUGGCUGCAAUGGGACCAGAGGUGAUGCCGGCGAACAGGGAAGACAGGGGCCCAGUGGUCUACCUGGUUUCUUUGGAAUCCAAGGACCAAAAGGUCAGAAGGGGGAACCUUUUGUAUUGCCUCCUGAGAUAAUGAGAAAGUUCAGGGGAGAGCCUGGUGAUCCGGGAUUGUUUGGCUUUCCGGGACCUCAAGGUGCUCCAGGUGUCGUGGGUUUAAUUGGUCCAACAGGAAAUCCAGGAAAACCUGGACCCAAAGGGCAACAGGGACCUCGAGGACCUCCAGGUUCCAAAGGUCUUGACUAUGAUGGAGCAAAAGGUGAAAAGGGUGACUUAGGUCUUCAGGGUCCUCCUGGGCUUCGCUCUACAGGGGAGGUGACAGGUUACCCAGACUCAGUCGUAUUAGAAAAAUACAAGGGUGAAAAGGGAUUAAAAGGAGAAACUGGAGAAACUGGAAAAACAGGUUUACCUGCAUCUUCAGCAGAAAAGGGAGAAAAUGGAAUAAUGGGUUACCCAGGAGAGAGGGGAUUACCUGGUAUCAAUGGCAUCCCAGGACCAGAUGGAGAAAAAGGUUUUCAAGGAUUUGAUGGCAUGCCAGGUAGCAGGGGUCCUAAAGGAAUGAAGGGAGAGCAGGGUGAGAGAGGCAUUCAAGGACCUCCUGUUUAUACUCCAUAUCCCAUUCCAAGAAAAGGUGUAAGAGGAGAGCCAGGAUUUCGAGGUGUUCCUGGACCUGCAGGAGACCCAGGGAACCAAGGAGAGACCUGGAUUCCAGUCCUGUUAAGGUCCAAUGGCUUUCCUGAAGACUCUGAAAAGAGAGGGUUACCUGGGGAAAUGGGUCCCAAAGGUUUCCGUGGAGAAUCAGGUUUUCCAGCAUAUCAGCCAGGUCCACGUGGUAGUGAUGGUAAACCUGGACUUCCAGGAUUACCUGGCCCACCUGGCCCUCCAGGAAUUGCAGGCUAUCCUUUUGGACUGAAGGGACCUACGGGGGAUCCAGGUGAGAUAGGCAGCCGAGGUUUCCCUGGAAAACGAGGACUAAAAGGAUAUAAAGGUGAAACAUCAGACUGCAAAUGUAUUGAAAGUGAUGAAGCCAGACGGGGUCCUGCUGGUCUACCUGGUCCACCAGGUUUUCCAGGCCCCUUUGGACAAUCUGGGAAGAAAGGAGAUGUUGGUGACCAAGGUCAGCAUGGUCUUCCAGGCUUCUCUGGUACAAAAGGAUUCCCCGGUGAAGUUGGAUUUCCUGGGCCAAAAGGGGAGAAAGGAGAUUCUAGAUAUGCUACAACAAAAGGUAUCAAAGGAGAUCCAGGAAGUCCUGGAAUACCUGGCAUUAAAGGUGAAGAUGGGUUUCCAGGAAAAGAUGGUAUAGAUGGCUUACCAGGGCUUCCUGGCCUUCCAGGUGAUGGUAUAAGAGGUUCACCAGGUGACCAUGGUUAUCCAGGACCACCAGGUGAUAAGGGCAUUCCAGGAGAGAUUGGUGUGCCAGGUGCAGGGUUACCUGGCCCAAAAGGAAACCGUGGCCCUCCAGGUGACACUGGAACAUAUGGAAAUCCGGGGCUUCAAGGUACCCCAGGUCCUCGGGGUGCUCCUGCCCAAUUAGAUUGUAACCAAGUUACUGAAGAUCUUUCUAGGGGAGAUGGCACCAAAACAGUUUGGCCAGGGGCACAAUGUGUGAGAACACCAAAAGGAUCCCCAGGAAAGCCAGGGUUUCCGGGAGCUGUAGGUUCCAAAGGUGCUAAAGGAAUUCCAGGUGAACCAGGUCUGGAUGGAUUUCCAGGGUUAAAAGGUUUCCAAGGUGAUCCAGGUCGUGAGGGAUUACCAGGUCCUCCAGGUUUCACUGGACCUCGGGGCGAUGGAGGCCCUCCAGGGCUACCGGGAUUACAGGGCAAACCAGGCAGUUCAGGAAAACCAGGUACACCAGGGCCUGCAGGACCAAAAGGAAUUGCAGGUGAAAUUUUAGGAGCAGCACCAGGCACCCGAGGGGAAGUUGGAGAAUUUGGACUCCCAGGAUUAAAAGGUGUACAAGGAGACCAAGGAGUAACAGGAAUUAGAGGAACUGGUGGUACUCCAGGCUUUCCAGGACCCAAAGGACAGCGAGGAUCCCCAGGUCUUCUUGGUUUGCCUGGUCUGCCAGGACGACCAGGAUUGCAUGGAUUCCCAGGGCUUCCAGGGCAGCAAGGACCUUCCGGCAGAAUUGGCUCACCAGGAUUUGUUGGUUUGGCUGGUUCCAGAGGGGAUCCAGGUGAGCAAGGUUUCCCUGGUCCUGUGGGCAUGAAAGGUCUGGCCGGAGACAAAGGUGAACUUGGUAACAAAGGAGCACCAGGGGCACCUGGCGUACCUGGUCUCCCUGGCAUAGAAGGAAUGCGGGGUUUUCCAGGGUUAAAAGGUACCAAAGGUUCACCUGGUGUUGAAGGUUUCAAAGGUAUGUUGGGCCUGAAAGGAAAACCAGGAUUGAAAGGACUCAAAGGCGAAAUUGGCUCUUUUGGCAGUCUGGGAAUUAAAGGUCUACAAGGGGAACCCGGCCAUAAAGGUGACCGUGGGGAAUCGGGUCCAUCAGGAAAACCACCAGAUAUUUUUCAACACAUGUAUAUGGCUAAAGGUGAGAAAGGAGAUAUAGGACAAGCUGGCUCAAAAGGCGAGAUAGGCUUUAAAGGUAAGAACAUGUUAAGUUUUUACGAACAUCCCCUGAUCUUACAUGUCAUACUGGUUUUUGGAUCAGCUAGUCAGAUUGAAGGCAAGAAAGGAGACGUUGGUCUUAAAGGAGUGACAGGUGUUCAGGGGUAUCCAGGUACAACUGGACCCCGUGGCAUAUCAGGUUUCCCUGGAGCCACUGGAAUCAGGGGUGAAAAGGGUAUUGAAGGAACCAGAGGUGAUGUUGGUACAUAUGGCCUUCCUGGGCAAACUGGUGAUCGAGGAGAUACUAUAAACUUACCAGGAAGCAAGGGCCUGAAAGGAGAAGCUGGCAUAACUGGAUCAUUGGGUGUGAAAGGAACCCUAGGAGACAAAGGAGAAAUAGGUGAUCCUGGUAUUAUUGGCAUUGAAGGCUUGAAGGGCUCCCAAGGUUUUCCUGGCUUAAAAGGGGAACAAGGCUUCCCAGGGCUGGUUGGAUCACCAGGAUCACAGGGAGAGCCAGGUAUUCCUGGAUUUCAAGGUGUAAAAGGAAGUCACGGAUGGCCUGGCUUUGCAGGACAAGAAGGUUUACCUGGCUUCCGAGGAAUCAGUGGAUUGGAUGGUUUGCCAGGCACUAAAGGCUUACCAGGGUCCCCAGGUCCAGAUGCAUAUGGGACUGCAGGUUUCCCAGGUAUUUAUGGUGACAAAGGGGAAGCAGGAGAACCGAGCAGAAUUGAAGGCACCAGAGGAGCUCCAGGUCAAAAAGGAGAGAGAGGCAAUCCAGGAGAACGAGGCCCAGUUGGUGACCCAGGAGCUGACGGAAUUCCAGGCUUUCCUGGCACUUCAAACAUUUCAGGAAUACCUGGUGAUAUGGGUUCCCAAGGUUUAGAUGGAGUGCCAGGCUAUCCAGGGCCUCAGGGCAGACCUGGACCCCCAGCUCUACCAGGAAGCAAAGGAGAAGAGGGUCAAAUAGGUGUGCUUGGAGAAGAUGGUCAAAAAGGAUCUAGAGGUGACCCUGGACUACAGGGGAGACCUGGAAUUUCAGGGUACCCUGGACCAAAAGGCUAUAAAGGUGCGCAAGGUCUCAUGGGCUCUCUUGGCUUUGUGGGAGUAUCUGGUGACAGAGGGCCCACUGGACCCAAGGGCGACAGAGGACAAACAGGUAUUGAGGGACCUCCUGGAUCUCCUGGGCUGCCUGCAGUCCCUCCAAAGCUGGUCACUCAAAAGGGUGCAACAGGCCCACAAGGAAAAAUAUUUCCCCCAGAUCCAGGUGACCCAGGUUUUAGAGGCCCACCGGGUAAACCAGGGUUCCAAGGAAGAGGCGGCAUAUCAGCUCCUUCAGGUUUCAGAGGAGAUCAAGGACCAUCAGGUUUUCCGGGUCUGGCAGGCAUUGAGGGUGAACCAGGCCAUCCAGGUAACCCUGGGCUACCAGGUAUGCCAGGUCGCAGUGUUAAUAUUGGGUACCUUCUGGUGAAGCAUAGCCAGUCUGAGCAAGAGCCAAUGUGUCCAGUUGGUAUGAAUAAACUCUGGAGUGGCUACAGUCUACUGUACUUUGAAGGACAGGAAAAAGCACAUAACCAGGACCUUGGGCUGGCUGGAUCCUGUUUGGCUCGCUUUAGUACCAUGCCUUUCCUCUACUGUAACCCUGGGGACCUCUGUUAUUAUGCAAAUCGAAAUGAUAAAUCCUACUGGCUCUCAACUACAGCACCUCUUCCAAUGAUGCCUGUGGCAGAAAACGAAAUUAGACCAUAUAUCAGUCGUUGUUCUGUCUGUGAAGCCCCAGCUGUUGCAAUUGCUGUGCAUAGUCAAGAUGUGUCUAUUCCACACUGCCCUGAAGGAUGGCGCAGUUUAUGGAUUGGAUAUUCCUUCCUUAUGCACACUGGAGCUGGUGAUGAAGGUGGAGGACAGUCACUGGUUUCUCCUGGGAGCUGUCUGGAAGACUUCAGAGCUACUCCUUUCAUUGAAUGCAAUGGUGCCCGAGGAACCUGCCACUACUAUGCAAACAAGUAUAGCUUCUGGCUUACCACUAUUAACCAGGAAUUCCAGAGCUUUCCCUCAGCAGAUACGUUGAAGGCAGGUCUCAUCAGAACUCAUAUCAGCAGAUGUCAAGUCUGCAUGAAAAAUUUGUAAAAAAAGAAUAAUAAUAGUAAUAAUCCCUAGCUGUAAAAGGAAAAUGUUUCAACAAUGUUCGAAACCUUUAGAAAAAAAAUCAGUGGUGCUUAUUUAACUUAUUACCUCAAAAGCUGAAUGAAAAGUUGAUUGAGAAGUGUCUGUAAAAACACAAAACACUUAUACCAAAUACUGGCUGCUCCUCCCAGAAUACACUAUAUUUUGCUCAUCUAACACCAUGUUAUUUGCUAAUUGAGUCAAACUUGAAAACCAAAAAAAGCCCACAAUACCUAUCCAAUUACUAAUCUAACAGUUCUCUUGGGUAUAUCCAUUCUCUAACCUGUUUAAUGUAAAUAUUAAAUUAAAUGUACUUCUUCUCUUAGCAAUAAACUAACAGGCGUAGUUCAUAUUAA